AUGUCACUACGCUGUCUAUGGGGAUUAUUGGCCGCCAUUUGCUUUGUGGCCACUGCGCAACAAGUCUACGAUGACGAAACUGACCACGACAAACGUUCGCCAUUGGACACGAUGCGCUUUGGAAAGAGAAGCUAUAUUGCGAAAUACGCAAUGGAUGAGCCAUUCACUCUCGUCCAGACGCCAUCGUUCCAAGGGGCUCGUCAGAAAGGAGCGUGCUCUGGGACCAUGCGGUUCGGCAAGCGCUCUGGACUCAGAUCGUUCGACAAUGGAAACUUUUUCAAACGUUCCUCCGCUGGCGGCGGCGAUCCGCUAAGUACAAUGCGCUUUGGAAAAAGAACUACAAAUCCGCUAAACACGAUGCGCUUCGGGAAGAGAGAUCCGCUCAGCACGAUGCGUUUUGGAAGAAAA